UCAUCAGUGUAAUGGCAGCCUCCUCUGCACCCUAACACAAGGAACGGCGGAGUUUAAACAAAAGUUCACGUGUAAAGACUCGCUUUUUAAAGACGCGGCUAUGUCCCCAAAGAUCACAGUGGAGUUGCUUAGACAGCUCCGGCAGGCUAUGAGGAAUGGCAAGUACAUCACCGAGCCCAUCCAAGCCUACAUCGUCCCAUCAGGAGAUGCACACCAGAGUGAAUACAUCGCACCCUGUGACUGCCGUCGUGAGUUCAUCUGCGGAUUCAACGGCUCAGCAGGUACAGCCAUUGUCACAGAACAGCAUGCUGCUUUGUGGACAGAUGGGCGAUAUUUCCUGCAGGCCAGCCAGCAGAUGGACAAUAACUGGACUCUGAUGAAAAUGGGAUUGAAGGAAACACCAACACAGGAGGACUGGCUUGUCAGCGUUCUUCCUGAAAACUCCAAAGUUGGAGUUGAUCCCUGGAUCAUUGCUGCUGACCAGUGGAAGAACAUGGCCAAGGCUCUGAGCAGCGCCGGUCACUCGUUGGUUGCCCUGCAGGACAACCUGAUCGAUGCCAUCUGGGAGGACCGGCCAUCCAGACCCAGCACCAAACUCAUCACCCUCGGCCUCAAAUACACAGGUCUCACCUGGCAAGAUAAAAUUUUGUCUUUGAGGGGGAAAAUGGCGGAAAGGAAGAUUUCCUGGUUUGUGGUCACAGCCCUGGAUGAGAUUGCGUGGCUUUUUAACCUGCGUGGGUCAGAUAUCGAGUACAACCCUGUAUUCUUUGCUUACGCUGUCAUCGGCAUGAGCAGCAUAAAACUGUUCGUGGACGUCAAGCGUUUACUGGAGCCUGCGGUCCGAGAGCAUUUGCAACUGGACGGCCAGAGCAAACCGGAGCUGACCGUUCAGUGUUUUCCAUACGAGUCCGUCUACACAGAACUGCAGGCGGUUUGUGCCGCGCUGACGCCCAAGGAGAAGAUCUGGAUCUGUGAUAAGGCCAGUUGUGCCCUUACACAGGUCAUACCAAAGGUUCACAGAUCUGCGAUCCCAUACACACCUUUUUGUCUGGCUAAAGCCGUCAAGAACCCCACAGAGAUCCAGGGCAUGAAGAUGGCACACAUAAAAGAUGCCGUGGCUCUGUGUGAACUAUUUGCCUGGCUGGAGAAAGAGAUUCCAAAAGGUACAGUUACAGAGAUAUCGGUGGCAGAUAAAGCAGAAGAAUUACGGAGUCAACAGAAAGAAUUUGUUGGAUUGAGUUUUCCAACCAUUUCCAGUGUAGGACCAAAUGGGGCCAUCAUACAUUACAGCCCUCUCCCAGAAACCAACAGGACUCUUUCUCUUAAUGAGCUGUACCUUAUCGACUCAGGAGCGCAGUACCUAGAUGGCACCACAGAUGUGACCCGCACGGUGCAUUUCGGGAAUCCGUCGGAGUAUGAGAAAGAGUGCUUUACAUAUGUGCUAAAGGGACACAUCGCUGUCAGUGCCGCAGUUUUUCCGAAUGGAACUAAAGGUCACCUGUUGGAUUCGUUUGCUCGUGCGGCGCUCUGGGAGUCUGGCUUGGACUAUCUUCACGGUACAGGACACGGUGUCGGGUGUUUCCUUAAUGUGCACGAGGGUCCUUGUGGUAUUAGCUACAAAACAUUUGCAGAUGAACCGCUGGAGGCCGGCAUGAUCGUCAGCGAUGAGCCGGGGUAUUAUGAAGAUGGAUCCUUUGGGAUUCGGCUGGAAAACGUGGUCCUGGUUAUUCCUAUUAAAACCAAAUAUAAUUACAGGAACAGAGGGAGCUUGACGUUUGAACCGCUGACUCUGGUCCCUAUUCAGCUGAAGCUGAUCAACACAGACCUGCUCACACAGAAAGAGCGUGAUUGGGUGAACGAUUACCACAGGAAAUGCCGGGAAACGAUUGGGGCGGAGCUAAAGCGGCAGGGCAGGAUGGAGGCUCUGGAUUGGUUGAUGCGGGAAACUCAGCCGUUUGUCUGAAACUCUUUUUCUAAAAUGAAAACAGUCAAUGUUGUGAUGAUGGCGAAGUGUUUUUUGUCAUUCUCUCAGUUUUGGUCACUUUUUGCUGCUUUGUUGGAACCGUUUCAACGGUUUCUGGAUCUUUUGUAAAGCACACUCCAUCGGCUCUUUUAUGGUUAUUAAACUCUGUAAUAAAAAAAGGUGCUGUCUGUUGUUUUCUUCACACUUAAAG